AUGGCACUGCUAAUGGCCCAGCUGUCUCAACUUGUACGGGGCGAAGGUGGCACCAAAAAGGAUCUCAUUGCAUGUGCAAAAGCUAUUGCAGAGGCUUCGGAAGAAGUAACACGUUUAGCAAAGGAUCUAGCAAGAGAAUGUACUGAUAAGCGCAUGAGAACGAAUCUGCUGCAAGUUUGUGAACGUAUCCCAACCAUUGGAACUCAGCUCAAGAUCCUGUCAACUGUGAAAGCAACAAUGCUUGGGGCUCAAGAGUGCUUCCCUCGACGUGAUUCGGAGAUCGAGAUCCUGAUCGGAUCCAGCUCAGAAGAAGACCAAGAAGCUACAGAGAUGUUGGUGGGUAAUGCACAGAAUCUCAUGCAAUCAGUAAAGGAGACUGUGCGUGCUGCUGAAGCUGCAUCAAUCAAGAUUCGCACAGAUGCUGGAAUUAGGCUACGAUGGGUCCGCAAACAACCAUGGUAUCAAUAUUAAAUAUAUAUUUGCUAAACAUUUUUAGUAAUGUAUAUCAUGCAGAAAUUAUUCUAUAUUUGUGUCAGAAUACCUACCAAAAAUAAAUAUUUUGCACAAUUUAUCAUAGGGUAGAAUUUCUGAAUACUAAAUAUAACUGAAAAGAAUUAAUUUACUUUGGCUAAAAAAUAUAUUAAGUUUUUUAUUUUAAUGAAAAAACUGAAUGCUUUGUUAAAAUACAUAAUCAUUAUUUCCAUCACUUAAAAAAUAUCAGUAGCUGUAAAUCUUUACCAACAUCAUAUAUGUAAUUUUUAUGGAUAUUAAUUACCUUAUAUUUUUAUUUUCCCAUUGGCCAAGAUAAUCAAUGCUUGUGCAUGAAGUGUUUGCCUUCAUAUUGCUAUAUAAUUUUGUAAGACCAGUAAGAGUAAUAUUACAUUUAUUUUGCAAUAGCAUGUUGUAAAUAGUAACAGUACCAGUGAUACUACUUGCAUACAUGGCAAAACAGAAAGAUCACAAUUAUAUACCAAAAAAAGUAACAUUGAAAGGAUACUCGAGUAUAUUUCUUAACAAAUAGUGAAUGGGAUCCAGGAGGAAGUAAUGUGAAUGGGAUCCAGGAGGAGGUAAUGUUUGCUACAGCUACACUACUGGAAACAAAAUAGGAGAUAAACUACACACUAAAGAUGGGACAGUACAAUAGCUGUUAGCAUAAAACUUCUCUACAACUGCAAAUAUGUAAUCAUGUACAUCAUGACAUCUAUUGCAACUAUUGGUAGGCAGUUCAAUUAUCUCUAAAUUUUAAAUUUUAUUUUAAUAAUGAAGAUGAUAUACAAUAAAUAUUCCUUUAUUCCUGUAGCCACAAAUAGAUAAUUUAAAAUAGGUGCAAUAAUUAUACUGUAUUUACUCAAGACUGAAAGCAUUGGAUUGCUCUCAUUGUUAGGAGAAAGAUAAAAUAUAACCACAAGAGCUAAUAAAGGUAUGAGAGAAAACAGGGAAGAUAUUUUUAAAUCUGAACCAGGAGGUAAAUUAGGCAAAACGGAUAAUGGAAAUUAACUCACAAAUUGAGUGACAAUUGUAAUUGUAACUACAUAAGGUGUUAUAUUAAUAGGGAAGUACUAAACCCCCCAAAAUUAUAUAGCAUUCAAAUGGGAGGUAAAUAGGUUUGAUUCAAAGAAGGAGAGGGUAACUCUGAUACCUUGGAUCAAAAGUCCUUCAGUAUCAAGGCACCCCCUUGAAUGGUAACUACAAAUAUCUACAGUAAUAAGUAAUCUCUCAGUCAUUUUAAUUGUAAAAGACAUGGAUGGGAGGUGAAUACCCAAAGAAGUCUGAUGUAUAUUAAAAAGAGCAUUUUCUAGUGUAUGACAAGUGAAAAGUGGUAAGACCUGACUAUAUUUGGACUUGAAAGUAGGUAUAGUAAAAAACCAUUGGGCUUAAAAUCAACUGUCAGUUAAGUGAAGGUUAUGUGCAUAAGUUGCAGUUGAACAUCUGGAAAGAAUAAGAGUGUACUGUACACACAGUGCAUACAAGAGGAAUUGUCUUCCUCCUUAAUCUCCAAGGCCACUCAUGUUUGCAUUCAGUGUUGCUAAAUAUUCUCAGGUGUUUAUUGAUCAUUGAAGAGGAUAUAAGGUAACUGAGGUUAUAUAAUAUCUUAUGCAUUGAUUUCUAAUCAGUUUUGUUCUAUUGUAACUGAAUACAGUACACACUGCCUUAAUAUUGUGUAACUAAUGCCCGUAAAUAUUUUGAAAUAUUUACAGCUGGCAAACUAAAGUAAUUAGUUACAGUGAUCUCUAAACUGGUGAAAUGGUAGAAAGAAUUAAUUAAAAAAUAAUGUGGAAAAUUAAAAUAUAUGAUUUUAUUUUCAAGGGAUUUCCUGGUAAUGCUUUGUAUCAUAAGUUAGUCCUCAACAAAUGACUUGAUCCAUAGUGCUUAUUACAUGUUCACCUUGCCACAUUUAUCAAACUGAACAUGACUUAAAACUUGUCAUAUAGGAGCACCUCAGUCUAUCACAAAAGGUGGUCACUCAUGAUAGUUGUACCAGGUAACUGUCCAGAAUUUGCUUUAAAUUGUGCCAAAACAGUUGUCUUCCUUUAUGCAGGAGAGCUGUAUGCAAACUCACAUCAAAGAUGCUAUUUUAUGUUAAUAACCAAGACUUUAAUGUAAUGCAGAAAAAAUUAUUUUGAUAGUAUGUACAGUAAUUAUGCAAAGUUUUCUAGACCAGUAGCUAGUCGAGGCAUUUUUGUUCCACCCACAUGUGCUGAUGCUUUUGUGUGUCUGCACAAUACGCCAUGUAUUGAAAGUCCAGGGAUUUAUAUAUUUACACUUACAGUUGCGGGAUUAAUUUAUUCUUAUGUCGCCUGAUAUAUUCAGGGAAACACUGCCAUAUCUAUAUAAUUUGCUGUAAAUUAAAAAUCUAUGGAAUAUAAUGGCUAAAUUUAAAUAACUUUAUGGAUAGUAUAGGUAUCUAAUUCAGUAGUAUCUAUCAUCUUAGGAAAUGCUUCAGAACUUUUGUCUUGGUCUUAAUUUAAAUAUAAGUAAUUAGUACAGACUGCUUUUCUGGAGUAGUAGACGUGCAAUAUUAAACCAGGCAUGUCCCUGCCAUACACUGUGUAAUGAACUGUUACUUCAGAUAAUGUCAGUCUUGUGACUAUCUUGCGCACAACUAACUGAUUAUUUAGCUUAAGAUGUGACUAAUGUCUAUUUGGUGCUUGAAAGUAUUCCAUCAAGAAAAAUUUCUAUAGAAACAAUGAAAAUUAGUUUAAAAUAAUUCUGCUCAUUGAUUUAGGUUUAGGUGGAACUAAUAAGGGUAUUCAUCUUAAGAGCUUGUUGAUACAUCAGUUUUGAUUGUUUGUAAUCAUUUGAGUGCCUUUAUGCUGUAAUUAAAAUUAUUUACCAUGAUGUGAAUAGUCAGAAUGUUUUAUAAGACUUUAUAUAAAACCAGAAUGAAUUUACAAAAUUGCAGACCUGUUAAUAAAAUGGUCAGUCAUUAAUGUUCCUACUUUAAUUCAGAUACUGUUAUCUAUUCAUAUAUCCUUACUCUUGCAAUGCUCUAGUGAAUUAAGAUGCACUUACAAUCACAUGGAUGCCUUACAAUGUUGAAGCACUGAUGGCCACUGGGAAUGGAAGACCUAAAUAUCAUUUAGUUAUAAAUUUGCAUUAGUUGUAUUUGUAUCUUGCUUGAUUAGGUAUUUUUCACUCUCAGUGACAGUGCUUCUGUCGUCCGCAUUUGUGGUUGCACAUGUGAAGAGAUCUUAGCAUGAUUACUGAAAAUUCAAGUGAAUUUCAUAUUUUGAAUUUUACUUGAGGGUCACAGGUCAGUUUAUGCUUUGUUCUUUUCAGAUUUCUAAGUCCACUUACUGUUUUGGUUGCAUUUUAAAUCUGUCACCUGCAGAUUCUAAAUAUUUUAUAAAAGAAAACUAUACUGAUUAAAUGUUACUAGUGUA